AAGAAGAAGAAGAAGAAGAAGAAGAACAAACACAACAACAACAACCCUCGAAGGCGGAAGAAAGAGACUCUCGCACCGGAUCGACCAAUGACCGAAGAGCGGGAGGGAACAUUGCGCGAUAGUUUCACUCUCUUCAUUGCUUUCUCUUCUUCGUCCGCUCCUGGGUUUGUAGUCACCAUGGGGCUGUAGCUGUUAACAUUUACCAAACUCCCCCGACGGUUUCCACAGCUAGACAAACCGGACCGACCACUCGCCGUCUCCCCUCGCGUCGCUCCGCGGUUACUUCCCGGCGUCUAGUGCGUGUGGUCUGAACGGGAGAGGCGGCAGGGAUGUCGGACAACGGCGGCUCGGCUGUCGGCCUUCUGUCUUACGAGACGCUGGUUCAUGCCGUGGCAGGUGCAAUGGGGAGUGUGACAGCUAUGACCGUCUUCUUUCCUCUGGACACGGCCAAAAGCAGACUGCAGGUGGAUGAGAAGCGAAAGUCUAACUCCACCCCCAUCAUCCUGGCUGAGAUUGUAAAGGAAGAAGGCCUUCAGUCUCUGUACAGAGGCUGGUUCCCAGUCAUCUCCAGCCUCUGCUGCUCCAACUUUGUCUACUUCUACACCUUCAACACGCUGAAGAAGCUGACGGCUUCUGGUCCAGGCAAGUCCAGACCUGGCAAAGACCUGCUCAUGGGGAUCGUGGCAGGGGUGGUGAAUGUGGUCCUGACCACUCCCAUGUGGGUGGUCAACACUCGGCUGAAGCUGCAGGGGGCAAAGUUCAGAAACGAAGACCUCCAGCAGACCCAGUACAAGGGCAUAUUUGAUGCUUUCUCACAGAUCAUAGCCACUGAGGGAGUGGGAACCCUGUGGAACAGCACUCUGCCCUCUCUCAUCCUCGUCCUCAACCCAGCUGUGCAGUUCAUGUUUUAUGAGGCCAUGAAGAGGAAGGCAGGCAAGGGAGGGAGGAAGAUAUCCUCAGCAGAGAUCUUUUUCAUCGGAGCCAUUGCCAAGGCCAUUGCUACCACUGCGACAUAUCCUCUUCAGACAGUUCAGGCCAUCCUGAGGUUCGGUCAGUACAAAGGUGAUGGCAAGGGUGGUGUGAUUGGAAGCCUCUCAAACAUUUUCUCCCUGCUCAUGGACAGAAUCAAGAGGAAUGGUGUUUUUGGUUUGUACAAAGGCCUGGAGGCCAAGCUGCUGCAGACGGUACUGACAGCUGCCCUCAUGUUUGUUGUGUACGAGAAGAUCACUGCCACCACCUUCAAAAUCAUGAGUCUGAACAAGAAACUGAAGAAGUGAACACACACCUACUUCAAUACAGUACAGCAUUAAUACACUCAUCGUAAGUAGGGUUUGUUAAUGCCAGAAAAUUAUACCAGUCACAUAAAAUGUUAUAAGAGAUGGGAUUGGUGCCUUUACGGAGCCAGAUUCAAACACUCGCCCAAAACAUGGAGAGUGGGGGUUAAUACUUGAAACUCUCCUUUGUUUUUUUUGUUAUUUUGUUUGUUUUUUGUUUUUGUUUUUUUUUUUCUGUUGUUGUUUUUUUAACCUUUAACUGGUUCCAUCUAUGCAGAUUGACCUUGAUUAUCAGCACUGGUGAAUGUCUCCUGACAUGGUGAUCUUACAGGAGCUGAAUUUUAUAACUAGUUGGGGAAAAAAAUUACAAUACUUUGUAAAAGAAAAGUUUGACAUUUGGUGGCAGGUAGAUAAGAUUAUUGACCUCACUCUCAUGUCAGCACAAUAAAUAUAAAGCUACCACCAUGAGUGGGAUUACCGGUCAGGCACAGCGGGCAACUGCUCAGGGGCCUCAGGCCCAGAGGCCUUAAAAGCCCCAGGUUUACUACAUAUCAUUUGGAUCUAUAUAAUUUGAUGAAUUGCAAAAUUGUUAGCAAUUUGUUCUACUAAAAUGAAAUAUCAACUCUGAUGGUUCCUGUCAUGGUCCUGACGGGUUUUGUCGCUUUGACAAAAUCUAGUUUUAAGACCUUCCAUCACAGAAGUGCAACCAACAAUUAUUUUCAAUAUCAAUACAUCUUAGUUAUUUUCUGUAAUAACUAAUUGAUUGCAAUGUCAGAAAAUAGUGGAAGAAGGUGCACUAUUAUUCCCUGGCGGCCAAGUUAGCGUAUUCAGACUGCUUUUUUUUGAUGACAAACAGUCAAAAACACAAAAAUAUUGAGUUUACUAUCAUAUAAAACUGAAACUACCAAAUAUUUGCAUUUAAGAAGCCAUACAAGUGAAUUUUUGGCAUUUCUGCUUAAAAAAUAAUCCAAAAAAUAAUCAAUUUUUGCCAGUGAAUUUUCUGACAACUGCCUAAUUUAUUAAUCAACUAAUCCUUUUCAGUUGCGGUGUACUGGUUGGUUUCUGGGGAAAUAAUGAAACUGUAGUGUACGAUGGGGGUCAAAAGGGACCGAAGAGCAGGGUUUUGCCCUGGGGCUUAAUCCACCCAUGGCUACCUUCAGCAGCUGGCUAAUUUAGCUUAGCACAAAGGAAAGGAAACAAGGGGAAACUGAAUCACCAUUACAAAUGUAAAGCUCAUUAAGUAACACGUUACUCGCUUGUUUAAUUCAUACGGAAACCUAAGUGUAAUAACCUAAAAACUCUACUGGUUGCCUGGCAAUCGGAGCUUUGUCGGGAUCAGUUGCCAUGGAAUCCGACCAGCGACUCGAGCAAUUAAGUGGUCCUGACUGAGAAAAAGACCGGUACAAAACCCUAUAAAACGGGGAUUUUUUUUGUUUUUUUUUUUUGUUUUUAAACUUCGAGAUACAACCAGCAUGUUAAUUGAUGAGCUUUAGAGGUGCUUGUAGGUGGAGUUUGUUACCUCUGGACAGAGCCAGGCUAGCGCCACUUAAAUCCCAGCAAGAAAGCAAAUGAGCAUAUUUCCCAAAAUGUCAUACUUUUUCUGUAACAUCAGGGGUUUGUUGCAAAUAAUGAGACCAAUAAAGUACCUACCUAUGUCUUGCCUUGAUUUAAGCCACUGGACCAUUCCGGACACGCACAGUCUUAUGUUUAACUAUGAAAUUAACUAAGUUUGAUGUUCUGCAAGAUUGAAAUCUCGUGAAAUCGCUACCAGAAGAUGCACAAGAUGUAAUUAUUAAACACAAAUGUGCAAAAUCUGCACCUACUUUUCAAGCUUCAGAAAGUUAUAAUUAUUAUUAUUUUUAACAGUUAGAAUAUAAUAGAGAUUGUAAUGAGUGCUUUACCCUACACUGAGAGUCUGAGAGUAAAGGUGACGUGUAAAAAUACUGUAGUAAGUGCCUCUAAAUUAUAUCACUUAAGAACUGUACUAUGAACUGAUGUAUUUGCUGUGAUGACGGCUGAUGAUUUAUACAAACCAUGAUGCACUGAGUUAUCAGUCUACAGUCUUCAUUAUUGUAUUGGUCAGUAUGAACGUUUUGCCCUGCAGCUGUCUCCAUUAUUUAUCCUGGUGUCCUGUCAGUAGUGGAGAGUAGUCGGGGCUUGCAGUAAUUUACAGUAUGUGUUUAUCACAGUGCUCACCCUGUGAGUUUUUGAAUGGAGGUUUGUGAAGCCACAGUUGAUUCACUGCUGUUGUUGCUGUUAAACUGGUUUUUCAAGCUGUUUACAUAUGAGUUGUAAUCACUACAACAGGUGCAACGCUUUGUGACUUCAUAUUUAUGAGAUUAUAGCCUUUUGACUGUUCAGUGGUGUAGCCUAGUUGCAAUUAUGUAGGAUACUGUUAAUUUACCAAAAACUAGAAAUGACACAUUUACCGGAUUGGAGCUCCUCUUCAUUAAGUUAGCUCAGUUGUGACAUGGACCUGGUUUCAGACCUUUUCUGUGCACUCAAGCACCUGCUGACUGGAAAUAACUCAUGUAUCUGUGUAUCAAUCGACUAGCAUUGAUUCCCUCCUGUUUAGUGUUGUGUAAGUUAGAAAUUGCCCUUAGUUUGGUUUCAAGAAUCAGAGGUGCACUUCAAUAACUCUGUAUGUCUUCGAUAGGUCAUA